CACUCAAUACUACCACAUCGGACUCACCAUUUUGCCCCACUCCGAACAGUUCUCAGGAAAGGAAAAAGUAGAAGUAAAACGUUCAUUGGCCCAAGAUAUGAACUCAGUUGCAAGGCAUUUAUCAAGCUUAUUCAGAUGGUCAGGUUUCACAGCUGAACCCUUCAAUACUGGGCGUCAUCAAAUGCAGCAGCUUCAGCAAUGCAGAGGUAUACGAGUGCGGGUCAUAAAUGGGAAUGUGGAAGGAGCAUUGGCAUUGAUGCAGCGUAAGAUGCAAUCAAGUGGGAUUGAGAGGAUGAUAAAGCAAGAGCAGAGAUUCCAUAUAAAAAACUCUGAGAAGCGUGUUUUAGCCCGAAAGAACUUGGAGCGGAAGAUUCGGUCUGAGGACCUUGCUAAGAAACUUAAGGCCAUUAUGAUAAAAAAAAUCAGGGGUCUGUGAGAAUGUUGCACUAUUAUUUCAAAAAAAUGGUUGGUGUGAAUUGCAAUUAUUUUGUAAUUUGCAGGUGGCCACUGCAGUUCAUACAUUCUUUUAAAUUGCUUAUCAUCUGUACUU